UCUGCCAGCGCGUGCAUCCUCCGCUCAUUCGCGGGGAAAAAAGGCGAGUAAGCAGACUUUUCCCGCGGAGUUGAGAUCUUCUUCUUCGUCGUCCUGCCCUCCAUGUUGGACCUACUCUGCCCUCCUCCUCCCCCUGUCAGGCGGGCAGCGCGUACCGACAGACGUCCGUCGAAGCGGGCCGCGAGCCCCCCGCUGCUGUAAGGCGUCGCGGGCGCGUCCCUGCGUGUGUUUUCGGUGUCACUGGCGUGUGUGUGCGUGUGUGUCAGCGCCGUGACUUGUUGGAUUUUAACCUGCCAGACAAAGAAAAGGGGAUUUGUGACGUCCGCUCCGUUUGCUUGACCCCCUUUCCCUCCUCCUCCACCUUCCCCCCCACCCCGCAUGAACGUGGAAGAGCUGAGAAUGGAAGUAAGUGCGGAGCAGCCGCGCUGGAUGAGCCCGCACCCGGCGGUGCUGAACGAGCAGCAUCCCGGCUCCCAUCACCCGGGCCUGGGCCACUCCUGGGAGCCCACGCAGUACCCGCUGGCGGAGGAUGUGGAUGUACUCUUUAAUAUCGACGGCCAGGGCAACCACGUCUCGCCCUACUACGGCAACUCUGUGCGGGCCGUGCAGCGCUACCCGCCCCCUCCGCACAGUAGCCAGGUGUGCCGGCCCUCGCUGCUCCACGGCUCCCUGCCCUGGCUGGAGGGCAGCAAGGGCAUCGCUCCCCACCACAGCGCGUCCCCGUGGAACCUGAGCCCCUUCCCCAAGAACCCUCUGCACCACGGCUCCCCGGCCGGCCUGUCCGUCUACCCGCCGGCGUCCUCGUCCUCCACCGGACACUCCAGCCCGCACCUCUUCACCUUCCCCCCCACCCCGCCCAAAGACGUGUCCCCGGACCCGGGCCUCUCCGCGCCGGGCGCGGGCGGCCCCGGCGGGCGUCCGGAGGACAAGGACUGCAUCAAGUACCAGGUGACGCUGGCCGAGAGCAUGAAGCUGGAGUCCGCUCACAGCAGGAGCAUGGCGGCCAUGGGGCCCGGCUCGUCCUCGGCCCACCACCCCAUCGCCACAUACCCACAAUAUGUCCCCGAUUACGGGCCAGGCCUCUUCCCACCAAGUAGCCUGAUAGGUGGGUCCUCUUCUAGUUAUGGUUCCAAAACAAGACCAAAAACAAGGUCCUGUUCAGAGGGCAGGGAGUGCGUGAACUGCGGGGCCACGUCGACCCCGCUGUGGCGGCGGGACGGUACGGGCCACUAUCUGUGUAACGCCUGCGGACUGUACCACAAGAUGAACGGCCAGAACCGGCCCCUCAUCAAGCCCAAGCGGCGGCUGUCGGCGGCCCGGCGCGCUGGAACGUCGUGCGCCAACUGCCAGACGACCACCACCACGCUGUGGAGGCGGAACGCCAACGGCGACCCCGUGUGCAACGCCUGCGGCCUCUACUUCAAGCUGCACAAUAUCAACCGACCUCUGACCAUGAAGAAGGAGGGCAUCCAGACCCGCAACAGGAAGAUGUCCAGCAAGUCCAAGAAGAGCAAAAAGUCCCAGGACAACAUGGACGACUUCUCCAAGAGUCUGAUGGACAAGGGCAGCUCCUUCAGCCCCGCCGCCCUCUCCCGCCACAUGUCCUCCUUCCCGCCCUUCUCGCACUCGGGCCACAUGCUGACCACGCCCACCCCCAUGCACCCUUCCUCCAGCCUGAACUUCGCCCCCCACCACCCCUCCAGUAUGGUCACGGCCAUGGGCUAGACCCCGCCCUAACCCUCCUUGCCGCAGGCCGCCAUCUUCAGUUGAUCUUAUUUUUAUAAAACCCCUUCCAGGGGGGAGGAGCCCCGACCCAAACGGGACGGAGGGGCGGGACUUUCGACUCCCCCCCCCACACCCCAGCUCCAUUUGUGUACAAAAAUCAAACGGUCACAGGACUUUGACUCAGCCCCGCCCCCUCGUCUUGCACCUGUGUAACAGGACACGCCCUCCACCCCUUUGUACAAAAUGUAUCAAAUACGUUUAAUGAAGACUUUGAGAAAGAAGAAGAAAAAAAUAAAAAAAAAGGAAAGGAAAGGUACGAGGACGAGCGAGGGAGGGAGAGAGGGAAGGGGCUCGCGCCGCCAUCUUGGAUUCGAUGUAAUGCUAGACGUUUUUAUUUUUUGGAUGUGCUUUAAGUCUCGGCCUGUUGGUUUGUGUUGAUGCGCACGCCUACACACACACACACACAUACACACACACACACACACACACACACACACACAUUGUUGUUCAGGACUUGUGGGGACCACCCUUUCUACAGGUGGUGGAGGCAUGAAAUUUUUUAGGUAAAAUGUCCACUGCCUAGUUAGCUCAUACACGUCUCUAAAUCUCUGGAUUGAUGAAGUAAUGUGCUGAUCAUACUUACUGGGGACCCUGGGGAAAAAUACUUAAUAUGGUUCAUGGAGGCGACCAAAUUUCAAUCAUUUUGCAUAAUUCACACACAUUUGUACGUGACUACUGAGGACCAUUAAAAAAAAAAAGAAAAAAGUUCACACUCAAACUAUUUAGUAAACAUUUUUUAUAGGCCAAAGCUUAAAAACACUUAUGGAUCUGACUAUCAUUUAAAAUGUUUCCCAGGACAUGUUUUUUGGUCCCCAUACUGUCAGAAGUCCCCCAAAGGUGACUGUGUAAACAGAGCGAUGUCCCCAUUAAGUAAGCUUUGCCAGUACACACACACACACACACACACACACAAACAAAUACACAUAUACUGGUUAUUAUUUGGAAUGGGGACAAAGUUGUUGUUCGGGACUUGUGGGGACCACCCUUUCUACAGGUGGUGGAGGCAUAAAAAAAUUUAGUUCAAAUGUCCACUGCCCAGUUAGCUCAUACACGUCUUUAAUUCUCUGGAUUGAUGAAGUAAUGUGCUCAUCAUUCUUACGAGGGACCCUGGGGAAAAAGAGUUAAUAUGUUUCAUGGGGACCAAAUUUCAAGCAAUUUGCAUAAUUCACACACAUUUGUACGUGACUACUGAGGACCCUUUGAAAAAAACUUAAGUUCACACUCAAACUAAUUAGUAAACAUGUUUUAUGGGCCACAGCUUAAAACUCACUUAGGCAUCUUCAGAAUGGAUCUGACUAUCAUUUAAAAAGGUUUCCCAGGACAUGUUUUUGGUCCCCAUACCGUCAGAAGUCCCCUAAAGGUGGGUGUGUAAACAGAGCGAUGUCCCCAUUAAAUAAGCAUUGCCAGAACACACACACACACACACACACACACCGACUUUCUUCCCGCCCACAGAUUAUAUGCAUUGUGAAACAAAGUUCCUGUAUUUGUUAUUUGUAUGUAUAAAUCAGAGUACCAAAAAUACGAAAGAAACAAAGAUGUAGAAUUAUUUCUUUAUGUUACGCAGACUGAAUGGUUGUACAAAUUUAAUAAUAAUAAUAAUAAUAAUAAUCACUGGUGUAAAAUAUGGCUGCUUUGCUUUUCCUUUUUGUUUGGUGCCCACCUUGAAGAACAAUAAAGGGACUUCCAUCUUU